AAAAAAACAUACUAAGGCCCAUAUAAUCGUGUAAUUUAAAAGGCCCAAUACUAAAUUACUUUGAGGCCCAAAUCACAACGGGCGGCCCACUAGUAAAUACCGGGUCAAUGACAGCCUUUCCAAAAGGCUUACGUCCGUCGUCUUGUCCACCGAUCAGACGGCGGUGAAAAAGAAACAAUGGCCAGAACGGCGGCGUCUCUUCCGGUGACUCUGUUCCUCCUCCUCCUUCUCACGGCCCCACCGCCGUCCCUUUCCUUCUCUUUCUCCCAAUUCAAGACCCUAUUUUCACUCGCACACUCCCUCAUGUCGCGCGUGGCCAAUUUACGCGCCUCCCGCGGCGACUUCUCCGGUUCGCAACGGGCCAGGCUCAUCGCCCAGAAGCUCGAGCGCGGGCUCGGGCUAGGCCUCUGGGGCCCGAUGUGGUCCCUCGCCUGGGACUACGCCAAGAACUACGCUUGGCGAGACCUCGCCUACACGGAGCUGUACGACGCCGUUUACGACAUGAACGAGUUGCUCCGGGCCUUCGCAGAGUUGGCCCGGUUGGAAUCGGACACGGCGAGGGCGGGGUGGGUGUCGCGGAAUUACCAAUCCGUCCUCAGGGUCUCCAAUUCGCUGUUGCAGAGGCUUCUGAAGGUGUUUAGAAAAUCGGGGGCUUGGAGGGAGGUGGUGGAGACGAUUCAAGCGGAGGUGGUGGACGGCGGGUUGCUGAAGGACUGUUUGGAGCUGGGAAGUGGCGAUUUGAAAGGAAUUGUUCAGAUUUUGAAGGAUUUGGCUUUGAAUUUCUAUUCCUCCACGGGCACUGGCCGCCGCGCCCACAAUGAACUGUAAGAAUUGAAUCUUUCUUAGUUUUAGACACAACGUUGGGAUUGUUUCUAUAAUUUUUCUUCUUGGGUUAAAUUUUGUUACAGCUUCUGGUUCUGACUGAUAAGUGAUAUCAUGCAUCUCUGUCUCUGGUAUUUGACAAAUUAAUAGGCUGUUAUAUUAUAUAUAUGGGUCUUCGGAUUUUUCUUUACGGGAAUCAUUAUGUUAUGUACAAGUGAUGCAUGUUCGUGUUAAUAUAUAUAGAGGUUAUUUUUCAA